GUCGGCCAUAUGAUGAUGGUUUCGGUGCACACAUAUCAGCUCAUUUUUUCAGGUCCGACGCAACGAACUCAUCAGUCUGGCAAAAUGCAAAACUGCACAAUACACAAAUCAAGUCAGUUUAUGUGGUCGAUUAUUCCAGCAUUGGGCAUGUAUCGUUUCAAGAUUGCAUAUCGUGUCAUGAAGUGGUUCCAGACUUACAUCGCGUGCGAGAUGCUUCAGCUCAGGGAACAUACGCAAUCUUGAAAAAACAGGUGUUGUCAGUCGGCUGUCCUGUCUGGGCCAACCUGGAUGGCCACUCAAUGUCAUGGUGGGUGUACACGUCGGACGGGGGGCCCGAUCAGAGGGUUUUCAAACGGUUCAUGUGUGUAGAUGCUGCCCCGAAUCAAUUUAUCGUAGCUGUUGGCAUCCCUUGUCUAAUGCACAUUGGCCAGUUGACGACGCAAACUGGAUUGCAUCUCGUAGACGCGUGGAUGCGUAAGCUUGGUGUUCCUUGGAAGUAUUUCUCGUCGUGUGCCAAGAUCACCCAUUGUUGGCGCGACGCUGCCGCCAAAGUUCUGGGCACGUGGACGUCUCUGUUCGGGGCUGCCGACGCGUGCGAGCACGCUCUGAAGUUGCCGCCCAAGUGUGUUGCAGGGCGUUGGUUGUCAGUUUCUGCCACCGAGUCUCGUCUGAGGUCAGCAUCUGGCGGCGCCGGCUGCGACGGGCACCUGGUGACUGCUCUGAGAGCGGCGCUCGCCUUGACGGACGCCGACGUCAAGGCGAUCGCCGACGCCGAUCGCGACGGGCCUGGCGACGUCGCUCUCGGUGUCAUUGACGAGGCUCGUCUUGAGCAGCAGGUUGCAUAUCGCCAGAAGCUGGGUCGGUGGCGCCGUGAUGCAUUGUCCACAGUGAGUGAUCCAGUGUUCUGGUUUGUAGUCGACGUGAUGUGUAUUGUGCACGCGCCUGGCACGCAUUUUCAAUUGUUCUUACAACGCAAACCAGAUGAUGUGUUCGUUUCCGGCAACCACAUGGCACAACUCGUGGAGGGUGGACUCGUGGAUUUCAACGACGAGUACACAGAUGUGGUUUUGACGUACGAUUGGCCAGGCAGCUACAAGAAGGUGCAGGAUGACCCACGCAUCGAUAAUGGUAUGUGUUACAAUCUCAUGCUUUUUGCACUUGAGGAAUUCUUGCACCACGCGGCCUCAUUCCACCGCCGCGUCUUCCGCGAGUUCAACAGGUUCUCGGACUCGGAGGCGGUCACGCUGGCGGCGGGCUCGCACAUCAACCUGGCGUCGGCCGUGUGCGGCGACAAUUCUCAGCCACCCGAGGCGUGCGUGCUUGUGCUGCCCCAGAGUGCAUUCCCCACGUGUUACUGGAUGAAGAUGUUUCUCUUGUGGCUUGAGUGCGAGCUAUACAGGCUCACGUUCAACGAGGGUGCCAAUCAACAAUUGGAGUUCAUCGCCCACGACUGGACCCCCCCCGCUGCAGCCGCGCAUGCCGGCAAGUCCAGGGGUGCACACGAUGAUGCCAAAAGGGGUCGUGCUUGCUAGCUCGCUGGAUGCUGUGACCGAGCUUACGUUCAGUGGGACUGUGAGUCUGAAUCGGGGGCCCCGUUCGUUCCUGGUCUGCGCGCUGAAGGUCCCGGCACCAGAUGAGAGGGACUCCCUCGUCCUGGGCGUCUACGUGACGCCCGAGAAGGCAAGCUCGAUCACGUCUGCAUGCCCUGUGCCAGCUUGGAUGGUAUCUAUUGUGUCUGAUCAGAGUGCUGCCAACAUGAUCGUCAAUCAGAGACUCACCAAGCUCGAGUUGCCUUCUCACCUGUGUAUCCCGAGUGCUUCUACCAUCACGAUCCAGGUGCCGUGUCCUGCUCCAUCUCUCGCCAUCCCUGCCCUUCCUCCUCCGUCGCUCCCCCUUGUCCCCUCCCUCUCCCCUUCCCUCCUCAUAGGUUACCUACCUCUCGCCGUCGACGCCUGUCAGCGCCGAGGACAGCGGGCCCACGCAGCUCACUCGGGUUGAGCUUGGCGGCGAGGUCCAGGCGAAGAGGAGGCAGUCGAGAUGUGCCAACCAGCCACCGAGUGAGGUAUCGUCGGUUUUCGGUGCCAGUGCUGCGUCGGCCUCGAUGGCCAAGAGAGCUGCCGCCAGUGCUCAGUCUGGCGCGGCGCCGGGCAGCGGCGGGCCUUCGGCAGCUGUGCGCGGCGCGAAGAAGGAUAAGCUAUUCCAGCAUCUGUUGAAUUAAGCGCAGUCGUGUGGUUUGUUUGUUUUUCAGGUUGCUCCCCUCGCCCUCACCCCCGCUUC